AAAAUCGGCCCACGCUGAAAGCUGUUGAACCAACUGUGUUAGCACCUUUUAGCCUGUGAGGUCUGUCAUCAUCACUGCUGAUCAUUACUCUAACGCUCACCCAAAACAAACAAACUAAAAAGUUUGUUUGUUUCGUAAUACACUAAACACUGAAACUUGGGUGUGUUGUUGUUCUUUUGCUGUGAUGUUCUGUUUUGCUGUUUGAUCCCAUUAUUUUCACUGAAAAUUAUUAUUUUCAGGUCAUUCUACAGCACACAGUGAUAGUGCAGACAAUGGGCUUGUUUUAAGGCGGAGUUCAGGGAGUAAUCUUUAUUAUUUCAGGAAUCAGGGAACUAGCUAACACAGAGUCAAGGUGCUGCUGGCUGCUCAACAGUCCUGAGUAUUCUUUAUAUUUUUCAUUUCAUUACAGAAGGUUCAAUAUUGUCUUGCUGAAAUAUGUAAGGCCUCACCUGCAAAUGACAUCAUCCGGAUUGGAGAAAGUGUUGCUCUACAACCUGUUUACGUCUUUUAGCAUUCAUUACCAGAUGUGCAAGCUGUGAAUUCCAGCCAUUUCCAGACAUGAAUGCAUUCCCAUAGUAUCAGAGAUGGCCCCUCUCUGCUUGCAGAGUAUCCAUGUUUUCCAAAAGGAAUUUCAAAUUUCAAUGUGUCAGACCACAGAACAGUUUUACGAUUUAGCUCAGUCCUUUUGGAAUUAGCUUUGGAUCACUGAGUUUCUGGGUUUCUGGAUCAUGUCCACAUAUGGAUCCUUGGAGCUUUAGCCUGCACUUGUGAAUAGCACAACAAACUGUGUCCACAGAGCGUCAUUUCUGGAGGUUUUCCUGAUGCAGUGACUUCCAUGACAGAACCAUGUCCAUUUUUAAAGCAGUGCUGUCUUAUGACCUGAAGAUCACAGCCAAUCAAUAUUGAUUUUCAGUCUUUUCCUUUGCACAGAAAUCUCUUGAGAUUUCUCUGAAUCUUCUGGUAAUAUGAUGAGAUAUUCAAAGUAUUUGCAGUUUUACACAGUUUUAUUGUUUUUAAAUUGUUCCACAAUUUGUUAAUGUGUUUUUUCCUUCUUCUUUUUUUGUUCUUUUACUCGACCCAUUUUGACUUCUGAGAAACUCUUCCUGUCUGAGAUGCUCGUUUUAUACCCAGUGAUGUUGCUGACAUGUUGCCAGUUAACCUGAUCAGAUGCAAAACUUUUCAUAAACCUGCUUUUUGUCACCCCGCCCCAACUGCUCUGAUAUUUGAUAUGUUUUCUAAAAUAUGGGUUUAUGAGGUUGCUAAUUAAUCGCACUCUGUUGUUUAUUUACAUUUUACACAGUACCCCAAACUUUUUAGAAAUGUAUUGAAAUGAGCUCGAUCAUUUAGGAUAAAAUAAAGUUAUUAUUUAAACCUCGAUGAAGGUGAAAGAAUGCUUGGAGUUGCUGAGCGCAACAAAUCUGAUGUAAACUCCACAGUGAAAUCCACGAGGUUAUUAUUAGAAAGUUGCGUCACGGCAAGGUGGAGAGCCCCCCUCCCUCUGUGUGUGUGCGUGCAGGCGAACAUCAUUAUCAGCACCGCAGUCAGCGGAGCGCUGAUGGUCCCUCCUUCUUCCACAUGGACCGGAACCGCGCGGCACGUGACCCGGAGACCGUGGACUGAGAGAGCUUCUCACACCGCAUCAUGGCUGCAUCCGAUGCGGCCGCGCGAUACCGGGCCGUCUCCCUGCUCUGCUGCUGGGCUCCGCUCUCUCUGAGCCGGCUGCUCCUGCUCCUCUGCGCCUGCUCGCUGCUGCCAGCCCCGGCGCUCGGCUUGCUCGGCUUUCGACCAGAGGAGACCGGGGCGGAGCUGUCCGUGGAGGACGGGGUGCUGAAAGCCACCGAGGGGACUCGCUUCAUACUUCGGGUCUACUAUUCCACCUCCUCGCAGAAGCUCAACCGUACUCGUGCCAACAACGCCGCGCCCUGGAUCGCCUUCAUCGAAGAGCCAACUCCCGGCAGAGAGGGGCAAGUUCACCCGAAGCGAAACAUGUGCAUGGACAAGAACGCCAGCACCUCCGACAUCGAGGUUUUGGGCUCUUUCAAGUCUGCUUCCAGUCAGAACUCGGUGCUGGUGGAGCUGCUGGCCAAAGACCUGCGGAGAGGGGAGAAGAUUAAAUAUUAUUCCAUGUGCGCCUUUGACGGAUCCAAAUGGGAACACUACCGAACUAAAGAUUUCUGGGUGGCCGUGAAGGAGCGCUCGGCAGUGCCGGAGCUCUGGCUGCAAGUGCUGGUCUCCGUCCUCCUGCUCGGGCUGUCAGCUCUGUUCAGCGGGCUGAACUUGAGCCUGCUGGCGCUCGAUCCAGUGGAGCUACAGGUCCUCCAGAACAGCGGCACCGACACCGAACAGAACUACGCGCGGAAAAUCGAGUCUGUGCGUCGGCACGGUAACUAUGUCCUGUGCACUUUACUGCUGGGGAACGCGAUCAUCAACGCCUCGCUCGCCGUGUGGAUGUGCCAGAUCCUGGGCAUGACCUGGCUCUCCACGGUCAUUUGCGCCUUCGGGAUCUUCUUCAUUGGGGAGAUUCUUCCACACUCGGUCGCAUCGCGCCACGGCCUGGCCAUCGCAUCCAAAACCAUCUGGGUGACACGGCUGCUCAUGGUGCUCUCCUUCCCCAUCUCAUACCCGAUCAGCAAGCUGCUGGACCUCAUCUUAAACCAGGAGAUCUCCAACUUCUACACAAGAGAGAAACUCUUGGAAAUGCUGCGAGUCACCGACCCGUACCACGACUUGGUAAAAGAAGAGCUCAACAUAAUCCAGGGAGCACUAGAACUGCGCACCAAAACUGUGGAGGACGUCCUGACUCCGCUGACCGACUGCUUCAUGCUGGCCUCGGACGCGGUGUUGGACUUCAACACCAUGUCCGAGAUCAUGCAGAGCGGAUACACGAGGAUUCCGGUAUUUGAGAACGAGAGAUCCAAUAUCGUGGACAUUCUGUUUGUGAAGGACCUGGCGUUUGUGGACCCAGACGACUGCACCCCCCUGAAGACCAUCACCCAGUUCUACAAACACCCGCUGCACUGCGUCUUCAACGACACUAAACUGGACGCCAUGCUGGAGGAGUUCAAGAAAGGGAAGUCCCACCUCGCCAUCGUGCAGCGUGUUAACAACGAGGGUGAGGGUGACCCUUUCUACGAGGUGAUGGGCAUCGUGACCCUGGAGGAUGUCAUUGAGGAAAUCAUCAAGUCAGAGAUCUUGGAUGAGACAGAUCUCUACACUGAUAAUCGCACAAAGCGUCGUGUUUCUCAUCAUGAGCGAAAGCAGCAGGACUUCUCCAUCUUCAAACUGUCAGAAAAUGAGAUGAAAGUGAAGAUUUCCCCCCAGCUUCUCCUGGCAACACAUCGUUUCCUCUCCACAGAGGUGGAGCCCUUCAAACCAACACACAUCUCAGAGAAGAUCUUAUUGAGGCUCAUCAAACACCCCAGUGUGGUUCAAGAACUCAAGUUUGAUGAGAAGAACAAGCGAGCCUCUCAGCACUUCCUGUUCCAGCGCAACAAACCAGUGGACUAUUUCAUCCUAGUGCUACAGGGUCGAGUUGAAGUAGAGUUUGGUAAGGAGGCACUGAAGUUCGAGAAUGGAGCGUUCUCUUAUUUCGGGGUCCCGGCCAUCAUGCCAGCAGUCCACAGAUCGCCCUCUCGUAGCAGCGGUUUGGACCGCUCUGAGUUGAUGCUCUAUGGGGGAAGUAUGAGCCAGCUGAAUGGAGGGGGGAAUGUCUACCUGCCAGACUACUCUGUAAGGCAGCUCACGCACCUUCAGCUCAUCAAGAUCACCCGGAGUCACUACCAGAAUGCAGUAACAGCUACGCGGAUGGACAGCUCCCCUCAGACCCCUGAUGCUGACACCCGUCUGACAGAAAGCAACUCCCCGACCCCUGGGCCACCAGCACCAGAGCCCACCACCACCACACUGAUGCCCCCAGAGCACACUACUGCCACCCUUAUGCCCCCACCCAGGGAGCCAAGUCGGCCCAGUUCAGCCCGAACCCGGGGACAGCAGUCCAGUGUACCGCACAGCACCUCCCUGCUGAAUGAGAAGAACCGCAUUGUCCGUAGCAAGUCUGAUGGCCAGAAGAGUCCGAGUGAUUCGGUGUUUCUGAGGAUGGAUGAGAUCCCCUACAUCAGAGAGGACAGAUGUGAGCCUGACAUGGCCUCUGUUCCCAUAGAAACGGACACAUCCCCUUUCAUCAGCAGCCUGUCGCUGAGUGGUUCAGAGGACACACUGGGCAAGAAACUGCUGCUCAAACUAAGCCACAAGAAGAGGAAAAAAUCUCGUGAAGGGGAAAAAACACCAGAGGACAUUUCAGAGCAGCCGCUGGUGAAAACCUAGCAGAGUGUGUGUGAAACAGACCUGAAUACACUCCAUCAUGUGAUGGUUCUUUAAGCUGUUUGUAAAGACAAAUGUGGCUGCUGAAUUACAGCUCUCAGAGUUUUAUCUGAAAACACACUCCAAAAGCACGCACUGUUGGAGACCGUAAAGUGGGCCCGUUUCCAGGAAUGCACAGAACCUGUGGGUGGAAGACACCAUUCUAACAAAAAGCGGGGGUGCAGCUUUAGCAACAUGCACCAAACCCUCUGGCUUUCCUGCUCCCUCCACUCUUUGAUUCACGGUAUCAAAGAACACAAGCUUCAGCACUAUGCCAUGGCUUCUCAUCUCCAGGUUCUCGUGUGGAUGCACAUGUAUAAAGAAAAGACUGUGAAUGUAAAACAUUUAUAGAAAAAUUGGGUUUCUUUUUACUCAUGUAAGACUACUUCUUCAAUGGAGCUAAAGACACUGAUGUUGCACGGGAAACAGAGGGAAGACACCAAAGACGUUGCUGUUUUGUACGUACUGCUCCAAAAUGCACAAGUGAAAUUAUAAGGUUCUUUUAAAGGCUGCCUGAUUAGCACCCUUUACAUAAUAAUUAGAGUUUCAGCCUACAGUGCAGAAAUACUGUCUAUUUGCAUUCUAUUUGUUAACACUUGCAUUUCAUAUACUGCAUAUGAAAUAUGCACACAUUUUCCACCAGUCGCUCACAAAAUGUGGUCACACUGAGAAAUAGUGAAAUAGCAUACAGCGAUUCCUGAUGGUAUGGAGGCCCAGAAGUGCCAACAGAAAGAAAGAAAGAAAGAAAGAAAGAAAGAAAGAAAGAAAGAAAGAAAGAAAGAAAGAAAGAAAGAAAGAAAGAAAGAACGAACAAAAUGAAAACAUCAGUGCCCAGCAUUGCUGAUGCUUGUGUGGUGUAGGCUAUUACAGCAGUGAAUUCAUAUCCAUAGUUUUGGAUGAAUAUCAUGUUCACAUAUAAUGUAAACCUUUCAAUGUGCCCACGUGUUUCUACCCAUGCGGUGAAUCGAUUCAGUAGAUGAAGACAAAUAUAUGGUUAUGAUAAUAUAUUUUUCAACUGCAUGUGGGUAUUACGAUUGGAGCUCUAAACCUCCUGUUCAUUUUAUUCAUCGCUGAGUCUGAGAAGUAUUUAAGUGUCUGUAAAACGUGGGCUGGAGACAAAUCUACUAACUGUUGAAUGUCGAACACAAAGUCAUUCCCUGUCUUGCUGAGAGCGAUUAGUUUAGCUUGGCCUAAAUCCUGGAGUCUGGCGCAAUUUGCUUUAAGCGGCUAAAAUCAGUGUUUUGUUGUGGUAACAAUAAAACAUCCCACGCAGAGGUGUUAGCAAAGGGCUAGUGAGCAUUUAGACUCAAAAAGUUGGUAGACACUAUGGCCAAAAAAUGUCAUCCAUUUGUUAGAGAAGUCUCAUUGUUGGGGGUUAUGUGGGUUUCAUGGAUGUCAUGUUUUAAACUCAUGGCUGAGAACAUCAGGAAAGUGGUUUUUUGGAAAUAAUCCAGCAUUGAAAUAUUGUUCUGCUCUGAUGUUUGCUACAUGUGCUGCAGGCAGUGCUGAGUGUAUGAGAAACAGUGGCUGCUGAGCCACAGAGCCAAAGACCACACCAGGCAGUGUUUGGGCUCUGAGAGGAUGUAAUGAUUAUAUAACUCUCCUUAAACGUUGUUAGCGGAGGUGGAAGAGUGUCUUUAAAAGGCUUUGUUUGUUUUUCUUUCUCCUGCAUGUAUCCAACUACAGUUUAUAUGACAGCAGUGCUGAAAACUCCCAGUGCCAGUUUGUGGAUGACAUCAUCACUUGAAAUCCUUCUCGGUUUUGAUAGUUGAGACGUCGCUUUUUUGAUCACUUUUGUGAAGUAUAAUAUCCUGCCACUCUUACUGUGUAGGAAAAUGAUUCAGUAAUAAUAGCAUGGAGGCUCUGGAGGUUUACUGCUGACUGUCUGAAGGCCCAAAUCAUUCAGGUUUUUGGUGAUCUGUGAAGAGCUGCCUCUGAACCUGCGCUUUCUGUUGGCCUGCAUGGUGCAGCAGGGAUGGGAUGGAUGGGUGUGGCACUGUCACUGAGGUUCAGGAUCAGAUUUGUGCCACUGCAGCACAGACCUGGAGCAGGAGGAGGAGCAGGAGGAGGAGGAGGAAGGAAUGUGAAAAAAAGGAAAAUGCACUAAAAGGCCUAAAGUUUGACUCACCAAUACAGUUUUGUUUCCUGACUGACACCACUUUGCUGCAUUACUUUGUAAAAUGUUAUCGUGCUGCAUCAUCUGCACUUAAAAACUCUACUUGCAUAAUUGGGGGAGGGGAGGAUUAAAGAUCUUGAUUUGUUUAAAUUGAAUUUUGAAAGACAGUCAACAAAUUAGUGAGAUGCAUUAGCAUCAAACAGCCUCGCCCAGCAGUACAAACACAUAUUUAGGAACUAGUGGGAGGGGUGCUUUUCAACUCUGCUCAUUGGUUAAUGUAACAGGAGGCCAGGGAGAGAGAAACAUCCCUCCUGAGUACAAUACAUGAAACCUGCUGAGUCAUUUUGCUGCAUUGGGGCACCAGCCUCAGCCAAUCAGCAGCAUCCUUUGAGGUCAAAUCCAGACAAUAACAGAUUCUGCUGCAGGACGUUGUUGAUUUCUUAGGUCGGUUCAUGCUUCCUGCUGUACAUCUAUUUGAGCUUUGGAGAUCAGGAUGCGCUCAUAACAUGUCUGAGAUCAGUUCUGUAUAUUCACUAUUUCUGCUAUGAGACAAGGUAAUGUCAGCUGAUCAGUGCAAAUUUGUUUUCAGCUGUUUUCACUGUAUUUUCUAACAGAAGGAGCCGAGUUGCAGACAUGUACAGACAGCAUUUCCUUGGAAAUAUGAGAGUUUAAUACUUGUAAAAUAGAAAAGCAACUAUGUGAUGUUUUUUGUAUCAGAAUAUAUAAAAAUACAGAGUUCCACAAAAUACUGAAUUUUAACAGUCUGCUGUCUUUAUUUUAUAUUAAAGACAAAUCUGGUGAUGAUAUAUUAUGGUUUAUUUUUCUUGCUUUAAACAUUUCCCACAAGACCAAACCAACCAACACGAUCCUAUUGACAAGUGUCGUUAGCAUUAAGGGGCGCAAAGUAUGCCAUGAAAAUAUCCCUCACCCCACUACACCACCACCAACACCGCCAGCCUAAAUUCAAUAAACCGUUGUUACAAGACAGGAUGGAUUCAUGCUUUCAUGCUGUUUGCGCUAACGUCUGACCCUGUAAUGUGAAUGAUGGAGAUGUCAAAUCAAGACUCAUCAAAUCAGGGGACAUUUUUUCUAGUCUUCUGUUGUCCAAUUUUAGCCUCAGUUCCUGUUGUUUGAGGACAGAAAUGAAACCUGGUAGGAUCGUCUGCUGCUUCAAGUUUUGACAUACAGCGAGUUUGGAGUUCCUCUAUCUCUAUGCCUCCAGUUUAGAUUAACUUAAAGCAGUCACUGACUGGACAGUUCUCUUUUAUGAACCAUAGAGAUAUCUGUGUAAAUCAGCAGUUUGUGAAAUAGUCUGUUUAAAGUCACUUUAGUCACCUGCUCUGUUCUGGAAAGCAGCCACAAGCUCCUCAGCACAGCUAUGAUUACUUGUGACAGCUGAUGACUUCACUUCACACUCAGUGCCGUCAACAUCUCCAUACAUUCUACACAAUGUACGGUGUUAAACUGCUGAUUAUAUUAUAU